GCGCCGAGACCCCCAUUUUGUCCCUCCUCCGUCUCCUGCAGAGAACUACGAGCGCCUGGAGGCCGACAAGAAGAAGCAGGUGCAGAAGAAGCGCAAGUGCGUGGGGCCCGUCAUCCGCUACUGCUCCGUCACCAUGCCCCUCAUCACGGAGCUGGGCAAGGAGGAGAACGUGGACGUGGAGGGGUUGGAUCAAGACGCGCAGCAGGCGGAGGCGGCCCCGGCGCCGGGCGGCAAGUGCUCGCGGACCUUCAUCACGUUCAGCGACGACGAGACCUUCGAGCGCUUCUUCCCCAAGGCCAAGCAGCCGCGGCUGCCCGUGCGCGAGCUCUGCCCGGUGACGCACAAACCGGCCGUGUACCGGGACCCCAUCACCGACAUCCCCUACUCCAGCAUCCGCGCCUUCAAGAUCAUCCGCGAGGCCUACAAGAAGUACAUCACGGCGCACGGGCUGCCCAGCGAACGUCCCCGUGCCCUUGGUGCCAUCUCCCUGCCCGCGGCGCUCUGCUCCCAGGACAUUCCCAUCUCCACGCUGAAGGACAUCUGCGAGGCCAUGAAAACCAACACGCACGUCAAGAAGCUCAGCCUGGUGGCCACGCGCAGCAACGACCCCGUGGCCAACGCCGUGGCCGAGAUGCUGGUGGAGAACAAGACCCUGCAGAGCCUCAACAUCGAGUCCAACUUCAUCACGAGCGCCGGCAUGCUGAGCAUCAUCAAGGCCAUGCACCAAAACAGCACCCUGAGCGAGCUCAAGGUGGACAACCAGUGCCAGCGGCUCGGGGACACGGUGGAGAUGGAGGUGGCCACCAUGCUGGAGCAGUGCCCCUCGGUCACCCGCUUCGGCUACCACUUCACGCAGCAGGGCCCGCGCGCGCGGGCGGCCAGCGCCAUCCCCAAGAACAAC